CUUCCACUGAUAGUGAUCGAGAGAGUGAAAGCAGUGGAAGAGGUUUAAGCCAACCUUUGAGCCCGACCAAACGCCAGAAACGCACACCACCACAGACACUUUCAUCAGUGACGCCGCCAAAUCCGAAAGAAGAAAACAUCAUCAUCUGCAACCCAUUUGAUGAUAGCCCGUUGCCAAACUUCUCCCAAUUCCCUAAGAUGAAUCCACAGCGACUGGGCCCAUACACUAACAUUAACUCGUUCCAGCAACCUUCUCAACAACCAAACUACCCCAGAGUGGAUAAUGGUUCUCUACAAUCUGUCAUGUACCAUCCUAACAUGACGCGCCAAUCAUCGUACCCUUGUGGGAUUUGUCAGUCGGAGGUACACGACAGCGAUACCGCAAUCAUGUGCGAAGGGGGCUGUGAGUAUUGGUUUCACAGAGUUUGCACAGGCCUAACCGAAACUGCUUUUAACCUGUUACGCAAGGAAGAGCUGGCUGUCUGGUGUUGUGAUAACUGCAUUCGGCAGAAGAAAAUUCCAAUGGUGAUGCUGAAGAGCCAACCCGUAUCGUAAUCCAGUUUUUAUUCAAAGCUAUAUUUUAACAACUGCAAAAAAUUAGAAAUUUUAAAGUUUCCUAUUCAUGUUUUUGUUGUGUUAUCAAUUAUUGUAAUUACUAUGCCCCAAUUACUAAGAAUCUUAAAUGUAAUUAAAUAUUUGUAAUGUCAGACCUGAUGCCUCGUUAGGAGAAAGAGCAAUAUCAUGAUGGUAAACACAGUAUCUGCAAGUACCUGGUAAACCUGCAGUUUUUAAAUCCUGCAAACAUCGACAGUAGCAAUAUUAGAUGAUAAAAAAGUAUAACUUGAAAUAAGAAAUUUGAUAAAAUUCGACCAUUUAAGGAUCUGAGGGCACUAAUUGAGUGGU